AUCAAAUAUUGACCGCGAAUGACGCUGCUCGGCCUCUCAUCGGCGAUACCUUGCGCGCGAGCCUAGACACGAGAGUAAUAAGCCGAGGGGACGCGCGUUUCUCAAGUACGCUCGACGGAUCGUCGAGGACAGCUCGAAGGGAAGCGGUAUGGUCGACGAUAUCGUAGACCCGCGGAGUAUUGACGCGUUCGCGCGUCGCGAGCUCGGCACCUGGAGGGGGUCGGCGAACGCAGCUAACGACUCGGCCGAUCUCGAGAAACUGCCGGCGGCACCGACCGUUCGUCGCGUCGGACGAGAUCGGCUCCGCUUGGAAGUGGCUUUGCCUCGAUUCCGUCCGAAACAAAUCGAGAGCUUCGACGACAGGCGAGCGAGCGCAUCGGUGUUGAUUUGAAGAACCACCUGUUGGAUUCGAUGAAGAAAUCAUCGUCGGAACUUGCAAUUUACUUGUUGAACGCUCGAGACACCGUGGAAUAUAUGUAUAUUUUUUUUAACAAAGUCGACGUUUCAUUAUAUGCUGCUGUAAGAAGAGGUACACCAAUGCAUAAACAAAAUAGCCGAUACACCCUAUCGUUCGGGAUGACAUUACCGUUGAUUUAUCACUCUCUAAGAAAGUAAAUCAAGGGUCAAAGGGUAAGACGUGAUUGGAGACUUAAGGGCGUUUGUUACCCCAGCACUUGCCGAUCGCAAAUAAUCGCGACAAAGGAACUCCUUUCUCUGAGCCAGUCGAUUACAGUGGAUUGCUCACCUAAGCUGCAAAAGUAUAGAAAAGUCCAUAGCAAGUGCGGUGCGCUUGUCAAUUCCGGUCGACAGCAUAAUAAGCGUGUUACCGUUGGAGCCGCAAGCGGAAAGAUGUAACUUUCGGGCCGCCGAGCCAAAAAAAAAUCUGUAUGCAUCGCGUGCACCCAAGUACAGCAACGAAACAAUGUAAAUCGGUUUCUCCGUCGUAGCCAAGUGACGAUUGUCUUUCGCUCUGUCCGAUCACGUUGCUCGGCGUCUGCCGGAACACAGAGGCCUGGUUCCCGCGAUCUCCAAACGGGGACGCCGCUGUCACCCACCUCGCGUACAUCCUCGGCGCCUUCGCUGUUUUGGACAAUCCUCGGUGUAGAUUUAUGCAUUUAUCCGUAAAUAAGCGAACUCGUAGGAUAUACGUAGAUUUACUCGUCGCUCGCGCCGAGCCGGCCGUUCGUUCCAGCCCGAAUGAGUCCACGCCGGACGUCGGUGUAAAGUGCCUCGCGAGGGCGGAGAAUCGUGGGUCGAACUAGUGCCGACCGCAGGCCGACAUUGGCCCGCAAGAGCCCAAGUUCGGCGCCGCGCGCAUGUCCGCGAGGACGAGCCGAGCGCGCGAGGCCGCUCGGCCGCGCUCGUACGACCAGUGUGUGCUCGCCGUGCGCACGAUGGAGGAGACGUCGAGCUUCUACCGACGAGUGCGCCGAGUGCAGACGCGCGUGCUGCGCUUCGCCGGGCUGCUGCCGCUGAAGGGUCGUACGCACCGCUUCGCCGGCACCGUCCUCGUGUCGGCCUAUGUCAACUUCGCGUUCGCCGCGGUGAGCAGCGUCUACGUCUGGGCCUUCGUCGAUGACUGCGCCAAUCGGAGGUUCAACCCCGACAUCACCUCGGAGCUGUUCUCUUUCGUGGGAUUCCACUUCAGGUUCAUGUACAUAUUCAGCCGCAGGAAGGAACUGACGAGGAUGUUCGGCUACGUGGAGAGCCUCUGGCGAGGCGUGGCGAGCGAGGAGAAGGCGCACGUGCGUGGCUUCGUGCGCAAGGUGAGCCGGCUGAGCUGCUGCUACUCGGGCAUCAUCCUCACGACCAUCACGCUGUACGUGCUGUCGAGCCAGCUGCCGCAGCUGACCGCCGAGGCCGUCAACGGGACGAUCCGCCGCGCGCUGCCCUACCCGUUCUACGUGGACGUGCAGGACUCACCGGGCUACGAGGUCUUGCUGGGCGUGCAGAUCGUCUGCCUGCUGACCGUCACGCAGACGAGCGUCUGCGUGGACACGGCCAUCGCCUUCCUCAUCAUGAUCGCCUGCGGCCACUUCCGGCUGAUCCGCGUGCGCCUCGGGGCGAUCGCGCGCCACAUCGAGGAGAGCGAGCAGCGGCAGCAGCGCGCGCCCACCGGCGACGAGGGCGCCUUGGACUUCGACAGGAGCGACGAGGGCAUCAGGAGGAGGGUCAGGGAGUGCGUCGCCUACCACAGCGAGAUGCUCGAAUUCUGUAACGACAUCAACACGCUGUCGAGCGAGAUAUUCAUGGUGGAGCUGAUCAGCACCACGUACAACCUGUCGCUCAUCGGUAUCCUGCUGGCCGGGAGCAUGCCGCUGGCCGAGAAGUUCAAGUUCGCCCCGGUGCUGCUGAUCCUCACCACGCAGCUGUUCGUCUGCCAGUACCCGCCGGAUCUGCUUCUGCAAGAGAGCGUGGCUGUGGCCGACGCGGCAUACAUGGUGCCGCCUUUCCGCAACGACCGACUGCGCGUCGACCGCCUGCUCCUCACCCUGCUGGCCAGGUCGCAGAUCCCGUACCAGCUGCUCGCCGGCGGCCAAAUCAAGCUGUCCAUCGAGUCCUUCGGCAACAUGAUCAGAGGCGCCGUGUCCUUCUUCACCGUGCUGCGAAACUUCAAUUGAGCACGACGCCGGCUGCCGACGGCGCGCGCAGUAGCAGAGAUUAGAUGUGUGUGUGCUUUUUUUUGCUGCUCGCCUAAGCCAGUUUACGGUGGCGGGCAUUGCGCGCACGGCUUGCACGAAAUAAUAAAAAUUUCCAUUGACGCACGCAGAUUGGAUUUCGUUGGCCUCUACCCUCGGACUUUCUCGCGGUCGUCGUCGUCGACUUUUCUCGAUUUCUACCUUAUUGCGACGCAAGGGAGAUCGUUCGUUCGUUCGAUCCAACGCCGACUCUUCGCGCCCCCUGGACUCGCUCGAAUGAUCGAAUGUCGAACGUUUUGCGAACAUAUAUUACACUGACACGCUCGACGCGCAAUCCUGACGCUUUGUUUCGUCAUCUCUCCUCGCACCACAAUUUUGCCGAGUGUAGCCAAAGACGCUGGUAUUUCUCAGCCUUGUGUCUUGAAACUACAACUGCUGUCGGAUUGUCUGACCGAGUUUUCUCAUUUUUUUGGGUGCGCGUCAGCUCAGUCUCGUUGUUCACAGUAUCAGGAAUGCAAAUCGUUUAUCUAGAAAAACAAGACUCUCCCUAUAUUCGUAGAGUAACUAAUUCCAAUAAAGCGUGUAGUUGUAAACAACUGGAAGAGCGAUUUUGAUUCAAUCUGCGUAGUAGAAUUCCUUUUAUAGUGUUAAUCUCUAGCACGUUGUGUUACAAUGGCACAAAGGUGACCUUUAGGAUAAGCUUAAUGGACGGCAAACUGGCUUGCAAAUAACAGUUAGUGUUUGCAUAACAACCCAACCAAUAUAAAUAACAACGGCAUACUUGACCUCGCAUCAUCGUCAAUCGUUGAGCGAUUCUAUUGAAAUUCCUUGACGAUUGAUUAUUUGGUUAAUAUCGUGAUAAAUGGACAUUUGAAAAUCAAGUAGUAUAGAUAAAUAUGCUGUCAGACCUGUACGAAAUGAAGGAUAAUAAAACAUUUAUUUAUAUCGGUCAUCAAGCUUUGAUAGUUCGAUAUGUUAAUUAUAAAUUGCGUGAAGUUUACUCGUGUAUGGAUUUAUAAAUGAAUCACCAUGCUUGAAAUAAUAUCUACAUAAGUCCAACUUUUACCUUGAAUAUAGAAGUAUAAAUUAAACUUUUAAUUUAAACCGCAGAUUUACAUUGUACUUGGAAAAAAUGAAAGUAUAGGCGAAGGCCGACCA